GUUGUGGGUGUGUGGAGGGAGAAGGAGGCAGGAGACAGGCUGGACUCUGGGACAGAUGCACUGGGAUCACAGGCGCUCUCCCAGUCAGGGGAUCAGAAACAGCACUGGACAUGACUGGAUAUGGUGGACGUUGACGCUGGACGUGUGGUUGAUUGUUCCAUGUGCGUUGCACUUGUUUCCAGGUUACUCCAAGAGACGUUGUGCUGUUUGGAAGCAACGAAGGCAUUCUAUACGUGACUAGACAGCAACUUCUGAAUUGACAAAACCCUCUUCAAAAUUUUUGAAAAGCAGCUGCUGAAGAGCGAUGCCCUAAAAUGCUUUUGGCUUGCCUUGCCCUGCACUACUCACAGUUGUAUUUGAGAUAUUACAGGCCGAAAUACCCCAAAUCAGUUUACAUUUAUCUGGUUUCCGUGGAAAUAUGAUUUUCUAGGUAAACUGGUUUGGUUUAUCUCAGUUGGAGACAACACUGGCCUAGAGAUGACUGGAGCCCUGCUUACCGGAUUCACACUCUUCUCUUUGGUGGUGGGAUGUGAAAGUGAGCCAACAGAUGCUGGACCAGAAAGAAAGGGAGGCCCAAAUGGACAGUACCCACUGGUUCACCUAACAUCACACUCAGCCUUCCAACUGGUCAAUGACUCACUGUCCUUCUCCAGAGCUGACUACUUCUGCAGAGGUCAGUUUAGCUUCCUUGUCACCAUGGAUCAAACAAAUGACCAGGAAGAAGCCUUGGAGCUGCUUCGGCAGACUGGACUUCGCUCACCAAUCUGGAUCAAGGAUCCCAGUAGAGCAACGUCCAAGCCUGUAGCCCUGUCCAAGCAGUAUUUGCCGUUCUCAGCACUCAACUUCCCAAAGGAAUCUCGGGAAGGCUUUGUUCGUGUCAACAUAUUGUUCCCUGCCCUGUCAUCUGUCAGUGUGUGUGUUCGAGUUCAGUGGGACCCAGAGUGGAAUGAGGUGUCCACCAUCUUCUCCUAUGCUGCGCCUGUGUUUACCAAUGAGUUCCAGCUGCGAGGCCAAGUGGACAUGCAGGGUCGAAUCCUCCUCGCACUCAUCAUCCAUGGAAAGCACCUGCCGUAUAAGGCAUCGUUCCCAAAUGAUGGAGCAUGGCAUCACAUCUGUGUCACAUGGCACCGGAGCAACAGUCACUGGGCUAUAUAUGUGGAUGGUGACAAGAAAGACACAGGCACAGUUACAGACACUUCCAGGGAUAUCUAUGGGAAUGGGAUCCUAAUCCUGGGUCAGGACCAAGACUCCUUUGGUGGGAAUUUUACAGAACCCUUUUUUGGAAAUAUCACUGACCUGAAUGUUUGGAACAUGUCUCUGGAAACAAGACACGUCCAUGCCCUCAACGCAUGCUCACCCAUGACCCAGGAAAUUCUUUUCAGUUGGAACCUCGAUCUCUUACACUGCCACCCCUUGGUCAAAGAGAUCCAGGUCCUUCUGUUUUGUCCAGCAGGGCACCAGCAGAUGGAGCUGCAGGGCUGCAGGACGCUGCAGGGCUGGACAGACCAGCUUCCGUCGCUGGGCCGGACUGACUGCUCUGAUCUACUGCCAUUCAUCUGCAGAAGCAGCAGAGAGCGCUACCUCAAGAUGAAGCAGAUGAGGGAAUCUCAGGGCUCUCUGCCCACUGCCUUUAUGAGCCAACUGAUGAAGCUUUCCAACAAGAGCCAGCCUGUACUGGGGCAGCAGUCCUCGGCCCUGAGCAGCCUGACCCAGGCAUCAGCCCUACUGGAGGUCUCUGCCCAGGCCCUGGAGGACACACAGCAGGAGGGCCUACAGCCAACAGACAUGGUCUCCCUCAUCCAGCUGCUGUCUCUGGCUGCUGACGUCCCCUCACAGUCGGUGGACCAUGUCAGCAACCAGAGCCAGGACAGCGUGCAGGAGCUGAGCCAGCACUUCAUCAGUGUGGCCGAUGGUAUCAUCAGUGAAGACAACGCCCUCAAGUGGCAGGCCAUCAAAGAGGUGGUGAACGGGCCCAUGGAUGUGGUCAAGAGCAUUGACCGAAUGGUGACCAGCCUUAGCCCUUGCUUGAUGACAGAGAACGAUCACCUCACCAUUCACAGCCCCAAUAUCAAGCUGGAAGUGCAGCAGCAGAGGUUGCAAGAAGGUUCCAGAGGAUCAAGUUUCUGUGGGCCUGAGACACAGAAACACGCCAACUUAGACUGUAUUUCAGUCCCACAUGAGAAGAUACAGGAUCUCCAUAACAACGGCUUCCACAGACUCACGUUGGUCAACACGUGGUACGGCUCUUUGCGGCCUCUUUUCAAUCCUGAGGAGAACAUCACCAUGGUGCCCACCGUCACUGAUGGCAGCCAGAGGUAUUUGGGGACUGUUCUGGGCUCUUCUGUCAUCUCCACCACAGUGCUGGGAGAUGAUCACCCGGUUAGCACUGCAGUUCGCUUUCAGCUCCAACACAGAGUACAGAACCCCACUGGUACUAUGUACGAUCCAGUCUGUGCCUUCUGGGAUUUUGAUCUCAUUCCAGAGGCUGGUGGAUGGUGGAACACCAAGGGCUGUGAGGUAGUGUCCAAACAAUAUGGAUACACUGUGUGCUACUGCAACCACACCACCAAUUUCGCAUUGCUGUUGCAGGUGUACGAAACCCAGAGGACGGCAGAGAACGAAAAAGCUCUGCAGGUGCUGACGUUCAUCGGCUGUGGAGUGUCUCUGUGUGGCCUCCUCUUCACCUUCAUCCUCUUCAUCGCUCUAGGUGUCCCGAAAUCUGACCGCACCACCGUCCAUAAGAACCUGAUAGUUGCUCUGGGCAUUGCUGAGCUGCUGCUGAUGUGCAGUGACUGGGCAUCUGAAAAUGAGGCAGCAUGUUUCCUGGUGACUGUACUACUCCACCUCUUCUUCAUGGCCUCCUUCUCUUGGAUGCUGGUGGAGGGCCUGCUGCUUUGGAGCAAAGUUGUGUCCGUUAACAUCAGUGAAGACCACAGGAUGAAGCUCUACUACAUCAUUGGUUGGGGACUACCUGUUCUGAUAGUUGGCGUAACAUUGGCGAUAUCAGCGGACAAGUACAAGGCGGAUGAUCACUGUUGGCUAAAUGUGAAGACUGACACAAUCUGGGCCUUUGUGGGACCUGUUAUAUUUGUCUUAGCGGUCAAUGCAGUUGUGCUGUGUCGGGUUGUCAUGGUGACUGUUUCCAGUGCUCGUCGUCGUGCUAAGAUGCUCAGUCCAAGCUCAGCAUCAAAGAUGCAGACCUUUGACCUCACCUGCAGAUGAAUCAGGUCAUUCCAGACAUUGCUCCCCCCAGCGAUGCUUUUCCAGGGAUGCUUUUCUGAGAGGUGUCCCAGCCCAGAUGAGAUGCAUAAUCCCUCCCAGGGUCUCCUUCCAGGCCAACGUGGUGGAAAAAACUCCAAAGGAAUUCUCCUCGGAGGCAUCUGAAUCAGAUGUCCAAACCACCUCAACGGGCUCCUUUUGAUGUGAUGGAGCAGCAGCUCUACUCCAAGCCUCCUGCAUGGAUCAGCUUCUCACCCUAUUUCUAAGGCUGAGCUCUGCCACCCUGCGGAGGAAGCUCAUUUUGGCUGCUUGUACCUGUGAUAUAAUUCUUUCGGUCACUACCCAGAGUUCAUGACCGUAGGAGAGGGUUGUAACGUAGAUGGACUGGUAAAUCAAGAGCUUUGCCUUGUGGCUCAGCUCCCUCUUCACCACAAUGGUUCAAUACAACACCUGCAUUACUGCUGACGCCACACCAAGCCACCUGUCUACCUCUCACUCCAUUUUCCAUAUUAUACCAUAUUCAAACAAGGUAAACAUCACCUGGCAUCAGGAUAACCAUCACUUUUUUGAAAGUCCUUACCAUUAUAUCUGUAACGCUGCAUACAAACACCAGCAUAUGUACCAGAGAAGGUGCAACAGUGAAGUGAAAGCCACAGACAAUUGUUUUGUUUUAGUAGCCCAAGCUACAACAAGCUAGUUGGUCUGUUAUUGAGAUUAGCCCCUUUACACACACACACACACACACACACAAACACACACAGACACAAACUAAAAAUAUAAUACUAUGCAAAAUAACAACAAAAUAACAAACAGGAAUGUUAGCCAAUAACUCCCAAAAACUACCUUCAACCCAUUGAUGCCUAUUGUUGCGAAUUCACAUCAUACCACUUUCCAUUCAGACUGCAGCCAAAAUAGCAUAUGCCAGGCAUGUCCAAAAUCUGGCCGGGGGCCAAAUUGCCAGCAUUUGUGACCACAGGGUAUAAAUACACAUGUAAAUAAAACUAUUUUAGGUUUCACCACAAGGUGGCAGCAGGACCCAUCCUGACCAUAGGCUGUUUAGAAUGGACACCGGCAUUUGCGCAGUAACGUUUGGCGGGAAAAUUGUUGUGAUGUCCAUUGUAUUGUAUGCUUCUGACCCUUCAAAGAUGGCGACUAUUAAGUCUGUUAAGAAAAGGAAAGUUGAUUGCGAGGGCUGCCGCUUCCAGGACAAGUGGAAACUGGAGUAUUUUUUUAUGGAAAUAUGGAACAACUGUGUUUGCCUGAUUUGCCAAGAGAUCGUGGCUGUUCAUAAGGAAUUCAGUGUCCAGCGACAGUACCAGUCGAAACAUGCUAAUGUCUGUGACGGGCUAACAGGGAGAUACCGCAGCGAAAAACUGAAGCAACUGAAAGCUGUUUUAUUGUCACAGCAGCGUUUUUUUUUUUUUUCAAGAACGUGUGAGUCUAAUGAAAAUACUGCAAAGGCAAGCUACGAGGUGGUGACUUUAAUUGCAAAGCACUGCAAAUCUUUUUCCGGUUGAGAAUAUCUGCCCUGAGAAGAAACAACAGUUUGCCAAAGUUUACCUGGCAUGAAACACUGUAGCGUGGUGAAUUGAAGAUGUUUCAGCAGACAUUAAAAGACAGUUGGAGGGCAAAGGAGCAAAUUUUGACCUCUUUUCAAUAGCGUGUGAUAAAAGCACAGACUCAUCGGAUACUGCUCAGUUGCUAAUUUUUUGAGAGACGUGGAUGAUGAGAUGAAUUUGAACAUUUCAAAUGUGACCAUGUCAAGAAGCCGGUGACAAAGACUAUUAAAGCCCCGUCCCACUGCCAGUUUAAAGAGUCUCUACUGGACAUCCAGGCUGAGUAUGGGAAUAUUUUAGAUCACACUGAUAUAAGGUGGCUCAGUCGGGGGUCCGCGCUUUCUUUUUUCUGAGGAGGGAAAUCAGACAAUUUUAGGCCGGUUUCAAGGUAUUCGAACGUUUGCGAAGAAACUGCUGAGCAUUUUUGGCUCAACAUAUCUGUGUGAGAAAGCAUUCUCUGUGAUGAACUUUAAUAAGAACCGCGUUAGGACAAGACUAAUGGACUCUCACUUGCGUGACAUUUUGCGCAUCCAAACUUUGAACUGCUUUGAACCAGACCUGGUCGAUGUGAUGCAGUCCAGAGCUCAGUAUCACCCUUCACAUUGAAGCAGUGAUUUGGUUCUAAAUCUCUCCUCUCCUAUCCUGGGUCUAUCCCAGCUGAGUAAAGCCUCCAUCUAACUCUUUGUUUUGAUUGUGUUUAUGUGCCAUUUCUGGAUGAUGUUGUAUGGAGCUGCCAUAUGUUUACUGAAUGUGGGGCUGAUGUAAAAUUGUUCCUCUUUUCUCCUUAUCUGCUUUUUUUUUCUCUUUGCUCGUGAUGUAAUUCUGCACCUUUCUGCACUCCCUGUUCUUGUGACUGAAAAUUUUUUCACUGACAAAACAUUAAUACAAGAAAAUUAUUUGUGUAGGUAAUCUGAGAUAAAUAUUGUAAAUUACAGUUCAUUUAAUUUGUUUUGUGUUGGUCAAACUAGUUAUAAAUGUAUCUGAACACAUGGAAUUUAAACUUCAUUAUAAGUUGAAUGUUUUGUUCCUGUUCAUAUGUCUUCGGCAACAAUAAUUACCAACAACAUUUAAUGUUAAAAAUGAACCUGAAUCCUGAUUUUUUUUCCUCCUCAGUUCAGCUUAUUUCAUUUUAUUGGGCCUUUGGAUAUUAAAAACAGAGUGAUUUUGGUAAGACCUGUUCAGAUUUGCAAGACAUACAAAACUGCAUUGAUUAAUAAGAAGUCAAACACUUUUCAGAAUAAAGCUCUCUUCACCAACAUGCUUUGGCUUACGCCGAUCUUACACUCCCAGUGCUUUGGUCACCCUUAAUGAUGGGAUGUCUCUUUAUACAGAGAGAAGUGCUGAUCUGUCCACUGUACUCUCUGAUCCCUCCUCUUAAAGUUUAUGGAAACAUUUCAUUUUGUACAUGUGCAAAAUGAAAAAUGUGUCUUUUACAAUGAAAUUUCCAUCAGAUAACCAAUUUGCAUUUGAUUUCAAUGGUUCAAAGACUGUCAGGCAGAAUGGUUGGUCCUCACACAUGUCUACCUCAUCAAAUCUGGUCCUCUUUGAAAAAAUUUUGGACACCACUGGUGUAUCCAUUCCCCCGAUGCUGGUUUGUUCAUAUUCAAUAUGUACCUAGGAACCUUUUGCAAGCACUGGUUUCUCAUAGGACUAGUCGGAGUCGGACCUAAUUAUUAUAUAUCUGUUAUUAUUAUAUAUCUGUUCUAUGUGUAAUAAACAAAUUAACAAUCUUCCCUUAUUUCAGCAUCAGCUGGAACGCAAAAACACACUUUUUAAAAAAAAUUAUUUAAUCGUAAAUAAAUUCAGGCGUCAAGGUGUUAAGACAGUUUCACAGUAGAGGUGUCUUUGAACGGCUGGGUAAUUUCCUAAAAAUUAGUAGAUUACACCAGGCUUUGAUAUGCAGAUGGUACUUUGCAGAAUAUGUCCAGUGUUGAUUUAGGUCUUUUCAUUGAUUUUUUAAAAAAAAAUAAAUGCAGAACAUUAGCAGUCUUGUCUUUAACCUUUAGAUGCAUGAGUGGGUCAAGAAUGACCCAGUGAAGUUGUUUUCUGGCGAUAUCUUUGUCACAAAACGUUUUAGUAACAAAUUCCAACUAUUACUCAAGAAACAUGUUUUUGAUAUCAUUUCCAUUUAGUUACCUUUUUGUACCUUUCAAGAAAAGUAUAAUAUUUGUAUGACUACUCCAAGCUCUUUAUCACUGACAAUGUCAUACAAGAGGUGAUGCGCAAAUCGGAGGGACAGAGAUCAGCAACCACUGGAGGAAAAGAGUGGAAAAAUGUCCAAAAAAAAUUGAUGUUUCAUUCUUCUAUUGCUGUUCUAUGUAAUAUUCCUCUAUUUCAAUUAUUGAAAUGUUCAAAAUCUGUUGUAAAGUCAAAAAUAUACAUAUUGCAAACAUAAAAUCAUUCCCGUGUGGACAAAAAUAUAAUACAAGCAAUAAUGCAAACGAUUGUUCUUAAUCAAAAAGACAAAAAUGGUAUAAAAACACUGAUUCUUAUCCGGGUCAUUUUUGACCCACUUAAGGAAGAGUAUAGGGUCCAAUCACUGGAGCAUGUAAGGGUUAAAGUUGUUGCAGUUGUUUACAAAAUGCCCCUUUGUUACUACAAUCAAUCCACUUAUACUUUACCUGCAUGUGGUAAGAUUGCCAGUCAGAUGCUAAGAAGAAAACGUGAGUUCUCUUUUCAUUGUGCCAGGUCUGUUUAUGUUGCUAUGGUUACAGGAUGACAGUCGAAACAUUUCUUGUGAUUCUGCUCCAAUAUGGUUGUGUGACAUAUCUAGCAACAUGGUCUCAGACGCUAACCUAUGGUGUGAUGGUGGUGUUGACCGUAUCCAUCUACAGUGGGGCUGAUGCUUCUAGCAAAACAUUAAACACAAAUGGAGAUGUUGAAUUUUCAGUUCCACUCAUUGUAUUUGAAUGGAGCCAGAGAUCUCUGUGCGUGAACUGUGUUUUUGUCAUGAAGGUGAACUCAUCCUUUAAUGUAUUGAAUAACUCCCUGUGAUUAGCUGAGUUAUCCUGGCAACACAUAAAUGAUUUUAAGACAUCUAUAUGCAGUAUGUGUUUGGAGCAUUCAUCUGUUAAGACUUUAUGUACAAAUGUGCUUUAUCUCAGGUUAAUAAACAGGUUGGUAUACUUGAAAUAAAAAGUAUUACUAAUAUGUCUUAUGGCAACUAAGAGACUAUGAUCUCUCAUUGUAAUAUUUUCAUACAAAAGUAAAAAAGUCCUUCAACUGAACAUUCAGCAGCUCUCUACCAUCUAGCUAUCCUUUUUGCAAAUUUGUCUUAGCCUGAUGGAAAUGCCACAACGCUGUUCCCACUCACUGUGUCUCUUCAUUCCCACACAAAUGCAGUGAAGGUAGACGUCUGUGCCAGCUGAAGAAUGUUACGUCAAUUCGGGAGAUUAGAGGGAAAAUGACUUUCAAAAAUAAAAGGGAAGAGAGUGCAGGCUUUGUCCUUGCAGACACAGUGCAGUCUGAAAACUCAAUCUCUCUACCCAGGUGCAGCAGUGGAACAACAAUAGUGGUUUGAACAAAGGCAACCUUUUCUGCCUUGCCCCAUGAAAUGGUUAUUGGCUGUGUAAGCACCAGGAUCAUUGAAAGGAAGAUUGCAAAGGAACAGAAGUGUGACUGUGGUAGGUGGUAAAAUCUAUAGCUGAGCAGAGAUCUUUGAUGAGUAUUCAAGGAGGAAAUAUCUGUGCAGAAAAUGUCAUCAAAAUAACUUGAAAUCUCUACUUUGCUGGGUCCUUCUGUCUGACUGUACUCAUGUUUUGUAAUGUUUGAGAAAGGGAAAGUGUGCAGAAUACUCAGAAAUCAAAUGAUACCACAACACACCAAAGUUCUCGUUCAGCAGACUUGAGCCUUAUGCAUCUGCACUUGCAGUCAGGUUCAUAAAUAUUUAGACAUCAACACAAUUUUCAGCAUUUUGGCUCUGUACAUCACCACAAUGGAUUUGAAAUUAAACAGUCAAGAUAUUCCUUAAGUGCAGACUUUCAGUUUUUGUUUGAGGGUAUUUACACCCAAAUCAACAUAUGUACCUCCACCUUUUUAAGGGACCAAAGAUAAUUGGACAAACUAGCAACCAAAAAUCAAAUUCUCACUUUUAAUAUUUGGUUGCAGUCAAUGACAGCCUGAAUUCUGGAACCCAUAGACAUCACCAGAUGCUGGGUUUGGUCCCUGGUGAUGCUCUGCCAGGCCUCUACUGCUGCUGUCUUCAGUUCCUGCUUGUUCUUGGGGCAUUUCACUUCAGUGUUGUCUUCACCAAGUCAAAUGCAUGUUCCGUUGGAUUCAUGUCAGGUGAUUGACUUGGCCAUUGCAAAACAUUCCACUUCUUUGCCAUAAAAAACUGUUUGGUUGCUUUCGCAGCAUGCUUCGGGUCAUUCUACAUCUGCACCACGAAGAAUCGUCCAAGGAUUUCUGAAGUAUUUGGCUGAAUAUGAGCAGAUAAUGUUGCCUGAAACACUUCAGAAUUCAUCCUGCUGCUUUUGUCAUCAAAAAAUGUAAGAGAAGCAGUUCCAUUGGCAGCCAUACAUGCCCAUGAUAAUACACUAUGACCACUAUGCUUCACCGAUGAGGUGGAAUGCUUUGGAUGUUGAGCAGUUCCUUCCCUUCUCCAUACUCUUCUCUUCCAAUCAUUCUCAUUUAAGUUGAUCAUUUGUCCAUAGGAUGUUCUUCCAGAAGUGCACGGGGUUUUUUAGAUGUUUUUUUUUUUUGAAACUCUAAUCUGGCCUUCCUGUUUUUGAGACUCACCAAUGGUUUCCACCUUGUGGUGACCCCUCUGUAUUCACUCUGGUGAAGCCUUCUCUUAAUUGUUGACUUUGACACAGGUACCUCCUGGAGAGUGUUGUUGAUCUUCUGUGUUGAGGAUUCUUCUCUCAACCACCACACUUGUUGUCCAUGGUCUUUCGGGUCUUUCAGCGUUGCUGAGCUCACCAAUGCGUUCUUUCCUUUUAAGAAUGUACCAAACAGUUGAUUUGGCCCCACCAAAUGUUUUUGCUAUCUUUCUGAUGGGUUUGUUUUGAUUUUUCAGCCUAAUGAUUGCUUGUUUCACUGAUAGUGACAGCUGUUUGGACUUCACAUUGAGAGUUGACCCCACCAAAUCCCAAGCGUAAAUACCACACUUGAAAAGAGCUCUAGACCUUUUAUCUGCUCCAUGUAGAUGAAAUAAUGAGGGAAUAACACACAUGUGGCCAUGGAACAGCUGAGCAUCCAAUUCCACUAAUUUUGGUGCCUUAAAAAGGUGAAGGACACAUCUAAAAUGUAGAAUAACCUUACUAAAUAAGGAAAGUAUGUUUUUUUUUUUUACCUUGCUGA